AGGCUUUCGCUUUUGCUAUGGUCCGCUGAGCUGAGUCUGUUUCAGUGUUGCACCAUCCAGCCCCUUAGCAACAGGGAACCCUGGAUAUAAAGUCUUGAGGUGGAGGAAGACCCCUCCGUACAGAGAAUGCUUCACCCCAGCAUGAGCAGGACCAGGGGACAGAGAGUGUGGAGUUGAAACAUGCCCAGCCUAAUCAUCACAGAUACACUGACACAAACACAGCACCGCAACAUGGAACAGGACGACAGGAGGAGGAACAAGAACCUAGGAAAGAACUUUAUGUGCCGACUCCAAUGUAUGUUCUCACAUUCACCCACAUCUGAGAGCAGGCUAAGUUUAGAAGAUACUCAACAAUGGUCUCAGUCACUGGAGAGACUCCUUGAGUCUAAAUAUGGACUGGCCACAUUCAGGACCUUUCUGAAAUCUGAAUUCAGUGAUGAGAACAUUGAGUUCUGGCUGACAUGUGAGGAGUACAAGAAAAUCAAGUCUUCGUUCAGAAUGUCAUCAAAAGCAAAGAAAAUCUAUGAGCAGUUUAUAAAGGCUGAGGCUCCCAAAGAGAUAAACAUUGAUUACCACACAAGGGAGCAAAUAAAAAGGGCUGUAAAGACUCCUACACUUCAGUGCUUUGACGAUGCCCAGAAAAUUGUUUAUGGGCUGAUGGAGAGAGACUCGUACCCUCGCUUCCUUCGUUCAGACAUGUACAGAUCCCUCUUGGAGUCCCUUGCCGCUGACGCUGUCAAGGGAUGAUAGCAGAAAAAAAAGAUAACCAGAGAACAUUAGUACAUUAACUGGAAUGUUUGGGUUUCUACACGAUGGAAGGCUGACCAAGCACAGAGAGACUGACAUGUCUGUGUCCCUACAAACCAUGGUCCACACAAUAUAGUACCACACCCAGAAAAACUCUGUAAUCGGGAUUUGCACAACAGAAGAACUAAAAAUAAGGAAGUAAAAGAAAACAAAGAGAGGAUAUGGGGAUCACGAUUGCACUAGAUGCUGCUGUUCUAUCUGUGACUGGGAUUGACGUUUCGUGUCAGAGGUUAUCAGAUGAAUGAAUCACAAAGUGAAUGACGAUCAAAUUGAAAUCGUCUGCGAACCGAAAUCGUCAGCAAACUGUACAG